AGCAUAUGCAAAUUGUGUUCUAGGAAAAGAUAGUGUUUCAUUGAAUGCUUGUGAUCAGGAGUUCAAAUCAUUUAAAAAUUGUUUAACAGUAGCAGCAAAAAACUUGAAAACUCGUUUGUGAAAUUUAUUUCGCUCUAAUUAUGGAGAAAAUUAUCAAGAUGAUAAAAAAAUUUCUCUGUAUUGACUACAGAUAUCAUCUACUUUUUGCAUUAAUGAUAAGAGUUAUACUUAUCAUUUAUAGUGUUUACCACGAUGCUGUAUUUGUUGUUCCAUAUACUGAUAUUGACUACAAAGUUUUUACUGAUGCAUCUAGGUAUGUACUCGAUGGGAAAUCACCUUAUGAAAGACAUACUUAUAGAUAUUCUCCAUUAUUAGCUAUUAUACUUACUCCUAAUUUACUUCUCUUUUCUCUAUUUGGAAAAUUUCUGUUUUCAGUCAUUGAUAUAUUUGUAGCAUUGUUGAUUAAGAAAAUUAUUACUUUCAAUAUUAAAGAGUAUUAUAAUUUUUUGCAAACAAAUAAGUUUCACCUCAAAAGGCAAGGAAAGUAUAUAGCUAAUAUUGUGGGAAAUGAACCCAAAUCUUGGGAAGAGAAAAAUAUCAAUUUAGACUUUCUCACUAAUAUUGGUUUGUUGAGUUGGCUUUAUAAUCCCUUAACUAUUGCCAUAGGAACAAGAGGAAAUUGUGAUUCUAUUGCCGGAUUUUUAGUUUUAUUGACAGUAUUUUGUUUACAGUCUCAAAAGAAAUAUUUCAUAGCAGGUUUAACACAUGGUUUAGCUAUUCACUUCAGGUUAUAUCCAGUUUUCUAUAGUUUAACUUACUUUAUGUACUUGAGUGAUUAUUCUUAUUUUGUGGUCAUGAAAGAGGAUCCAAAAACCAAUUUGAAGCAUACAAUUUUCAAGAAAAAAUAUUUGUUUUAUCUAUUUCCAAAUAAGAAUCAAAUAUCUCUGAUAACUGGAUGUUUAUUUUCUCUUAUAUCCUUGGUUGGUUUCUUCUAUUAUUUAUAUGGAUAUAAGUUCAUUUAUGAAACCUAUCUAUAUCAUUUUAUUCGUAAAGAUUCACGUCACAAUUUUUCUCUGUAUUUCUAUCUGCAAUAUUUGACUGCUUUCGUUAAGAAUAUUCCUAUAUGGCAAAAAGUACUGAUUAGCUUACCCCAACUAGUAUUGAAUGUAGUGUUAUCUAUAAGGUAUGGCCUAGACAAAGUUAGUAUGAAUUUUGGAAUUUUAAUCCAAACAAUUGUUAUAGUUUCUUUCAAUACUGUUUUAACUUCUCAAUAUUUCGUUUGGAUUAUGGUUAUUUUACCUAUUUGUUUGUGGCAAAUUAAAAUAUCUAUUCGUACCACAGUUUUUUGGGUAAUAAUUUGGUUUGUGGCACAAGGAGCUUGGUUACUACCAGCUUAUUUCUUGGAAUUCAAAGGACAAAAUACUUUUUUUUAUGUUUGGUUACAGGGAUUAGCAUUCUUUUGUGCCAACAUUGCGUUUUUAGGUAGAUUGUUAAUGUAUCACAAACCUUAUAACCUUGAUGUGCUUGCUAAAAUUAUGUGAAAGAAGGAUUAGAAUGUCAAUUUUACUUAAUAUUGUAUAGUUAUUAUAAUUAAAAAAGGAACAACUUGUUAUAUUUGUGAAAAAAUA